UCGACGACGGCCGUUCAGCAAUCACCGCCAACAUGAAGCUGAACAUUUCGUACCCUGCGAACGGCUCGCAGAAGCUGAUCGAGGUAGAAGAUGAGCGGAAGCUGAGGCACUUCUAUGAGAAGCGCAUGGGCGCUGAGGUCCCCGGCGACCCGCUCGGCGAUGAGUGGAAGGGCUACAUCCUCCGUAUCACAGGCGGAAACGACAAGCAGGGCUUUCCGAUGAAGCAGGGUGUCAUUGCCCCCAACCGUGUCCGCCUCCUCCUGUCCGAGGGCCACUCCUGCUACCGCCCCCGCCGCACCGGCGAGCGCAAGCGCAAGUCGGUCCGUGGCUGCAUCGUCGGCAGCGACCUCUCCGUUCUCGCCCUCGCGAUCGUCAAGCAGGGCGAGCAGGACAUCCCCGGCCUCACCGACACCGUCCACCCCAAGCGCCUCGGUCCCAAGCGUGCCACCAAGAUCCGGCGCUUCUUCGGCCUCAGCAAGGAUGACGAUGUCCGCAAGUACGUCAUCCGGCGUGAGGUUCAGCCUAAGGGCGAGGGCAAGAAGCCCUACACCAAGGCUCCUCGCAUCCAGCGCCUGGUCACUCCCCAGCGCCUCCAGCACAAGCGCCACCGCAUUGCGCUCAAGCGCCGCCAGGCUGAGAAGGUCAAGGACGAGGCGAAUGAGUAUGCCCAGAUCCUGGCCAAGCGUGUUGCUGAGGCCAAGGCCCAGAAGGCCGAUGCUCGUAAGCGGAGGGCCAGCUCGAUGCGCAAGUAAAACUGCGGUGUUUGGUAAUGGGUCUCGGGCUGCUUUGGGAAAACGGUUACGGCGUGCUUGCUUGCUGGCUCAUCUGGGACGUGUACAUGGCGUAAACACCUUUCACGAAAUCCCGACAUUUGGUCUUUGCUCUGAGCACACCGGGGAUGUUUGAGCCAGAAGUGCAGAGAAAUAUGUAUUACUCCCACGACAUAAAGGACCGGCUCUCGUCGCACUUUGCGUGGUUCAUAGAUCCUCCGCGCACGAAGAUGCCGGCUCGCCUACGUUUGCCUGCCAAUCGAUCUUUAUGUCCCCUCCAGUGAUUCAUAUGGCUGUUUACAGAUUGAUUGAUUGAGUGUAGCAAG